CUGGCGCUGCUGAUGGCGGCGGAGGGAGCGCAGGGAGGAGGGCAGACGCUCCAGACCAGGCCCCGCAGUCACAUACCGACCCGAGCCGCGCACCCAGGCCGACACACAGAGCACCAGAGCCCGCAGAGCUAAGGCGCACAGUCCGGCGCCAUGGAUAGGUGACGUAGUUGGCAUACAUCCUGCUUCUCGCCACCAGCUGCAGACGUCAUCUGGCUGACAAACAAGCUGCCCGAUUGGUCCUGGUUUAGUCCUGGUUUACUCCUGAUUUAGUCCUGGUUUACUUCUGAUUUAGUCCUGGUUAAGUCCUGGUUUACUCCUCGUUUAGUCUUAAUAUUGAACUGGUCUCAAUUUGGACCUAGUUUUGACCUGCUUGAUCUGUAGUAAGCAGUUUUUCUUUAACAACCCAGUUAACAAAAUUUUCCUCACUAAAAUUCUAUAAACAUAAUAGAAGGUGAGGAGUCAUAUUUUUGGCAGUUUUAAGAAGGCUUAGUGGCAUUUUAAGCUGCUUCAGCCUACAGCAGAGGCCUAGGGUAGGGCCUUUAGCGGUCCGUAAGUGGUCCGCGCAGGAGUAGCCGUAGCCGUGGCGUAGAGUAGCUGCAGGAGACGCGGGGGUGUGAUGGAGUACCACUCCGGUGGUAGCCUGCCCCUGCUGGGGAGACCGCGCUACUGCCCCGGUGCUAACGCUAACGGGGGCUACCUGUGUGAGACCGGACACUGCUGCGGGGAGAGCGGCUGUUGCACCUACUACUACGAGCUCUGGUGGUUCUGGCUGCUCUGGACCGUCCUGAUCCUGUUCAGUUGCUGUUGUGCUUAUCGACAUCGCCGAGCCAAACUGCGAGUCCAGCAGCAGCAGAGGCAAAGAGACAUCAGCCUGCUCGCCUAUCAGGGAGCCUCCUCUUUCCCCUCCUCCAUGCUGGACCUCAGUUUCUUGGCAUCCCUAAAGUUACCGUCUUAUGAGGAGGUGGCCGCUCAACCCUCCACUCCUCCUCCUCCGUACAGCUCUGUGUUCACUGCUCCACGAUACCCCCAGCCCCCCCGCACAGCCGACCCUCACCUCCUCACCCAGCAGCACCCAGGGACCCUGCUCCACCGGCCCCUGCAGCCUUUGAGCGACGGACCCUCCUCACUCAGCUCUGACAACAGCUCCAGCUGCUCCUGUGACUCCUGCUGCCCGUCCUCCCCCUGUAGCUCCUCCCUCUCCGCGCCCGUUACCUAUGAGACGGACACAAGCCACACCUCCACGCCCAGCGAAGCCACGCCUCUCGCCCUGGACUCUGUCACCAUGGAGACGAUCAGCGCGGCCGCCACUCGCCUGGAGCUGCCCCAGGGCAAGACGGACGACUCUGCCACGGUCGCCAUUUUAAUCGAGGAAACCAAUCCGGCAGCCACAACAGAAAGCGUCACUGUUGUUGCUACCAGAUCGGCAUCUCCACUGGAAACAAUAGCCUCGUCCAACUCGGAUGCUACGUUUCCAGUUGGGAUUACGCCUCCAAUAAAGCAACAACUGGACAUCAAAACAGUUACAACGACUCCAACUUCUUGUCCUCAGAGCACAGAGAAUUCUAAAUCCAACUCGCCAAUGACUAGCCCUCCAGCUAGCUUAAACGUAACAAGAACUUUUGAUAGCACCACCAGCCACAAACAGCCAAGGACUCUUAACCUAAUACUAGACUCUAUGGGCGGGAAUACAGACACAAACCCAAGUUUAGUCCCAAUUUCGGUUUCUCCGCAAAAUCCUAGCAGAUCUAUUUUAUCUGAUGAGACUUGCACCUCAAAAUCAGAUUCCAAAAUUCAAAAAUCAGAUUCCAAAAUUCAAAAAUCAACUCCAGAAACGACUCCCUCCAACUUAUCUCCUACGAGGACUUUACAUUUGUUUGCUGAUCCGGUUGCCACAAAUUCCGACCAGUCUGUUAUCUCUUCACCCUCAAGCCAAGGAAUAUCUAAUUUUUCUACCAAACCAGCUGGAGAAACUUCAGAAUUAGACACAAAAACAUGUAUUGUCACACAACAAAAUGAUAAAGUUACAUAUUUCGUCAAAGCGCCAAGCGAAACUGCGGAAAUUAAAAGCCCAGCACCAACAGUUGAGGCUGACGUUACUAAGAACCAUCAAGACAUCUUUGGGUCUUGCAAACUGACCACAGAACUGGUGCAACCAACAGAAAUGGUAGCUAUGAAUGUUGACCAAAAAAGUGAAAACAUAGAUACAAGCACUUUAAAAAAUUCAGGUAUUUUGCAAGCACCCAAAUCAUUGUUGGGACUUGCUCCUCCUCUCCCAGAAAGUACAGACUGUACCCCAAAUUCUAAAUCUAAAGUUACAACACAAGCUGUAACUCCGCCAAUUUCUGAAAUGCUAAAUUUAACUCAAAAGCCAAGUUUAAUCGAUGUAAAUUCAAAAAUUCAGUCUCCAACAAUUAGCCAAACUCAAGAAAUUGCCACAACUUUGCCAGAACCUGUCAGUGAAUGCAUUUCAAUAUCCAUACCAGAUCAUGCUAAUUUGGUCUGUCCAGUUUUACCAUUGUCCCAAGAUGUUGCCUCGAAGGAAUUGAGUUGCCAAGAAAACAUAGCAUCAAGUUUGCGUUUUUACAAAGAAGACCCAAGUUUUAGCUCAAAAGCUAAGUCGGACUUAACCUUAGCUUCUGAUAUUCUUUGGUCGACGUUUGAUAGAAAAAACGCAAAUUUGUCAGAUGAGAAAACAUUGUCAAAAUCGCUCCCAACGGAAUCCACAUCUUGUUUAGGCGUACCCCAAUCGCACAGUCUUAAUUUGGAACAUUCUUUCACAAAUUUACCAGUCAAAAAUGAAAAUUCAAAUUCUUUUUUCCCCGCGAUCACAAUUCAAGCAGAUCCGCCAUCAUUCGCGACCUCGCCUUCUUCACCUUGCUCCAUCCCUUCGCCUUCUCUUCCCUCUCCUCCGGUUUCCAUGUUGCUGUUGGACCCUCUCGCCGCUCUCCACGCGUCCGAGAAAAGCGCAGCAUCUUCGGGCCACGCUUCGUCCCUGUCCCCCUCUCCGCGGAACACACCAGUCCCCGCCUAAAAAACCCUUUUCUCGCCCUGCGUAGACAUUUUCGAACCGGUAAAUCCCAACUGGGACGACGAAGAGUCCGAGGAGCAAGCUGACGAAGAAUAUUGCGAGGAUAGCGACGUAGCAGCGGACGAAAGCCAGUACCGUCACAGAAGGUUAACGGGAGAUUCUGGUAUCGAAGUUUGCCGUUGCCGAGUUGAAGACGAAGAUGACGACGACGAUGAUGACGACGACGACGAUGAUGCUGAAGAGAAAGAGAAGCUAAAACAAGAUGGCGGCAAAGACGGAGGAGAAAAGAAGUUGUUCGUAGGCAAUUCCGAGCUUCACGACAGCGUGGAUUGUCCAGUGAGGAGCCAGAAGAGCGGAGACGACAUUAAUUUGUGUAACACCGAAACGAUGCAGAGUUCAGAUGAGAAAGUGGUGAUUUCUGUUGAAACAGUGUAAUUUGGCAAAACAUACAAAGACACGUUAUGAUUGUAAAUGAGGGAUGUUUCAUUAUCAGAUUCAUGGGAAAGGGAAAAACAACACUCUUAAAUAAGUUUAAUUAGCGAUUUAAUUUUGAUUGGAAUAGAUUUUGACUGGUCUAUAAAUAAUAUUUGCAAUUGGAGUAGCUAUUAUUAGUCACUUAAAAUGGCAGGGAAGAAAUAUAAUACCACCACCACCACCACCACUACUACUACUACUACUACGAUUAUUUUUGGCAAGUAACAAGACAAAAUCCACCCAAACCAAGAGUCUUAAAAAGUUUUCCAGUAUAAUGGAUUUACUAUAUAUUUGCAACAAUAAAUAAAUUCUUAUUUUAGUCAAAUUGAACCAAGAUUAGUUCAAGCUAUUUUUUUAUUUAAUAUUGUUGUUUUUCCCAUAAUUCAAGUGUGUUCAUUUGCUCCACUAUUAUAUUUGCACCUAUAAUUUUCUUUUUGAUUGAGCAAUAUUUAAAAGUCAACCAAACAGUAACGUUAAAAACUCUUUUACAAACUGACUGACCUAAACGAACAUUAUAGAAGUAGCGUUAUAAGAGUAUUCUGGAGUUCUGGUUUCCUCAAAAGGUGUAACGAGAUGCAAAUACAAGAUGACACAUAGAAAAUUGUGAUGGAUAAUUUUAAGAAAUCUCUCAAAGCAGGGAAACUUUGACUCUCAAAUGUUAAGAGUUCCAAUCAUCGACGUUUAAACCAAGUCUGAACCAGGACUAAUCCCAGGUUUCUUCAUUAUAGAGCCUAAAGCAUAACAGGUCUAAAACAGUUCUAAACCAGGACUAAAUCUGGUCUAAAUUUAAACCACUAACACUGGAUAACUACUGAGCAAUCACAUUUUUCAAGUUGCAAUGACAAAAUGUUAAGAAAUUUUUAAAAUAUGUUUACCUGGACUAGAUUUGAAUAAACUGGUGAAAUUUGUUUGGAUAUAAUCAACUUCACUUUUGGAAUGUUAAAAUGCCAUUAUAGUUACAACUUCAGUACCUUUUUAUCAAUUAUUUAUCAAAUUAAUUCCUAUUCAUAUGUUUCAAUGGUAUCUACAGUUAACUUACUUAUACCUUUGUGUCAGAUGCCCUACCAUAAAUAGUUUUAUUGAUAUUAGGACAGGUAAAGGUAAAUCAGAUGUUGCGUUCGUUGGAAAAUUAUUGCAGGAUUCCAAACCUAAUUUAAAGAAACUGAUUCAUUUGUGCAUUUUCGUUUUUGGAUAUAAUUAAAAUUUCCAAACACAAGGAUACUAGCCAUGUUAUUAUUACUAUUAUUAACACCAAGGGGAUGUGUACCACAGUUUGAGAACCGAUGGUGUUUGUGACGCACAGAAUUAGUCAAAAAUAGUGAAUGCUUUUGUUGGUAUUUUGCAGAAUGACGAGCGCGUAGGAGCAGUUAGACAUUGGGUUAUUAUUGUUCUCAAUGAAACCAAACUAAACAAAGGAUUUCUGACGUGAAAAUCUGAUGAAAAGGCGACAUUUAAACAACUUUUCCCCUAUUUUUAGACAUCCCUUUUGGAUAAUCUUGCAACGUCAAGACCCAUUAAAGGUCAUACAAUUGAAGACGAAGGCAGAAUGAGCUGCUAAAGAUUAGAAAUGGCAGAUGUUUAGAGAUGGUUUAUGGUUAAUAUCUCUGUAAUUACUCGGCCUGUCCACUUGAAGCAAAUGAAUCAGUACAAAUGAACUAAGGUGAGACAGGGAGAUGAUUAAAGGUGAUCUAUGUAACUUUUCUGGUAAAGGGUCUGCCACUUGCUUGUUUCCAUGGAGAUGUGAUUGCUUUGUCUGGAAUGUUUCAUUGUAUGGCAUUAAAUAUGUUCAAUUAUAGGUGUUUUUAUCACUCAUAAAUGCCUUAAAAACAUGGAUUCUUAUUGUGAGUUUAAUGCCAUAUUAUGGAACAUAUCACUCCAUGCAGAUGAGCAAGUGGUGGGCCCUUCGCAUGUUACGUAUUGCACCUUUAAGCCACAAGAAUGUUAUUGUAGAAUCAAGACAAUAACCUGGGAGAUUUGCAUAUUUUUCUGUUCUGAAAAUGCUUUAAACAGUGGCUCCUGUCCUCUCUAUGUAAUGUUAAAUUCAUAGUAAAUCCAACAAAUACAAAUGUUGUUGAAAUAUGAUUAAAUAGAUUUUUUGUGGGUAUUUUCCAACAAAUUAUAUAUUUUGUGAAGUGAUUUGAAAGUGAAGAGCAAUAUUUUUCAUCAGCAAUUGUGUAAAUACAGAGAAAGGUUCUUGUGGAGUGACAGAAGAUAUCGAAAAUGUUUUGUGGUAUAAAAUAUACAAUGCCGUCCACUACGCUGGUACAUUUGAAGUUCUAGUUCUGAGUUCAAGUUCCCGUUAAGUUUCUGCUUUAGUGAUUUUAGACCUUGGUUUAGUCCUGGUUUAGUCCCUGGUUUAGUCCUUGGUUUGGAUCCGGAAUUUAAUCAUGUUUGUUUUUUUUAGUUCCUCACUAACACUCUUAUUUAGUCACAAAUCAUAGCUGUAAAACAGUACAAAAUAAUGAAUUAAGACUUAAAGAUGCCCCCAAAUCACCACAAUAGAUUUAUUACCCAUGCCAAUCGUAGUGGAUGGCACCGUAUGUUUAAAAUGAGACCUCAUUUCCAAUACUCAUGCUAUAUUGACAAGGUUUUAACGAUUCAUUUGCUUGGAUCUAGUUUACCGCAUUUGAAAGAACUAUCUGUGAUCUCACUGGUUGAUAUCGACCAAUGGGAACAUCUUAUUUUAAACCCUGUUUUCAUGCUGCAUUACUACAACUUCAACUCAUUCUUGUUGGAGGCUUUCGACGGACUAAAAACGAACUGAAAAAUCGGCAAAUUUCUGACUUGAAUUCGCUCAGAAUUUUACAGAAUUCUGCUUGAAUUGGGGCACAAUUCAACGGAUUGUCAGAAUUCACCAACAACAACAACCGGAUUUUUUUGUAACAUGUUUGUCACAUUUGAGCUGAACUUAGAGAGAAUCCGAGCUCAAAAAAACAUACAAAAUCUGGAAAAUUGUUGUUGAAAAGAACUUGGGAACUUUGGUAGUUUUGAGCAAACUGAGCAGUCGAUGUCGUGCUUCUCUUGUCGUGGUUUUGAUGAUAUUACGUGCCAUUUUUACGCGAUACUGUUAAACUCUUAGCGUUUAGAUUCGAGUGAAGUUUAAUGAGUGAAUGGAGAAACUGUGUGUGGAAAUUAAAGCUCAAGAAUCCACAACUUUACCAGCUCUGCACCUAAAAUAAUGAGAUAAAAUGUUAAAAGGACACAAUUUUUUACUAUUAAUGUUCAAUUUAUUAGUUUCAACUAGUUUUGAUUUAUCUCAGGCUACUUACUUACAUAUCUACAACUUAAUUAAUGAUAGUUCUGUCUUAAAGCUAAACAUGUAUUAUGUAACUUUACUGUGUAUGCCAUGGAGAUGCAAUUGCUUUGCCUGAAUCAUGUUGAACAUUUUGGUAUUAAGACUUUUAUAUUUCGCUUUUUUAAGUUACAGGUGUUUUUGUUGCUCAGAAAUACCUUGAUUACAUGCAUUCUUACUGUGAGCUGGAUUGCCUCUCCACAGAUCUGACCUGUGACUGGUCUAAAAAGUGAAAAAAUCUAGACAAGUAUCACAAGUACAUAAACUCUUCAGAUUACUAUAGAUAAUGUAAAUAGAAUUAAGUCAUAUGUUUUCAAAACACCAAAACCACAGGGGUAUUGGGUAAAAGGUGUUCAAUUAAAUAAAAAUUAUUAAGUUGACUUGAUUGUAACUAACUAGAAAACAUUAAGUAAAUCUAACUCGAUUCAGUGCGGUUGGAGAGCUGUUAAAUUUGGGGAUUUUUGAAUAAAUUUUUUAUUUUAUUUUUGAAAUUAUUUCUUACUUUUGAAUGGGCGAAUGACACCAACAAAAUCUUCAUCUUGUCCCAUUUGAAAACUACAUUUGUGUGAUUUUUUUUACCGAUAUACUGUAAAAAUCUGUGGAAUUUAUCCUAAAAUCUGAAUUCUGUUGAUUUGAGGUGCACUUUAGAUUAGCAAUGGUGUGUUUUGAAAAGCCACUAAUUAUCGAGCUUGUGUUUAUCUAAACUAGACAAAGCACUGUAAAAAAUAAAAAAAAUUGAGAAAACUACACUGCAAAAAAUAAUAUUAAUCUGGAUGUGGGUGUUGAAGAAUUUGGGUGUUCUUGUAGAAAAAAUGAGCAGAUUUUUCCAUGUAUUUGAGCAAAAUACAGUACAGUACAGAUAAAUUGUAUAAGCAGCUUUUUAGGUCAAAAUAAGUCUCCAUCUAAUUUUAAAGCGUCUAAUAAUCAGAAAGUUGGUGCAGUAAUAAUAAUUUGAAAUGAAGUCGUUGUUUUUCAAAAUUUCACGACAUUAAAAAACACAUACAGCGCCUUUAAACUGAGAUGGAGGAAGGAAAAUGUUCACGUUAAGACUUUAGAUAUUAUGGAGCUUAUUGUUUUUUGCAGUGUAUGUUUACCUUCUUGAUUUGUGAAUGACUAAACCCAAUCAUAUGACAGUUUGGAAUUUCUUGUGUAAAAUGCAGUUCAUAAUAAUAGUAAUUAUGGGUAUGGGCCCCUGGUUCUGGUGCGCUUCUGUUGGGUCUAAAUGAGAGUGUGUGAUACUCAACCAGCCUGUUGUAACGUGUGACAAUAUACAAAUAAAACUGGGAAAAAACA